AUGUCGACUCAAUUUGUAGGAGAAGAGAUACCCAAACUGAACCGUGACUUUUGUCCAGUGACUCGUCAGACGGACUCCCGGCCAACCGCACACCACCAACCACUCGGCCGCCGCUCCCUGGUCCUUCUCCUCCUCAUCAUCCGCAUCGCCUUCAUCGUUCUCGUCGUCGAAUACGCCUCAUCCGCAACGUCGACUUGGUCGUCGUUCAUCCGUCCUCGGACAGUCGAUAUUGGCACUGCGCCCCUCUCGCCCCUCCCGCCCGCCGCCAUGUCCUACGACCAGCUCUCGAGCCUCGAGUCGGGCAACCGCACCGGCGGCUACGCGGACGACCCUGCGUUCCAGAACCUCCAGUUCGAGCUCAAGUCGAAGCUGCAGACGCUUCUCGGGAACAACCGCAAGCUCGCCAACGAUUUCAGCGUGCUGGGCUCCAAGAAGGACACGCCUCGCCUGCGCGAGCGCGUGCACAACAUCAUGGAGAAGACGAGAGAGCUGUGCAGGGAAAUCGGCGACGGCGUGAAGCGGCUGCAGACGUGGGACGAUCUCUCGAAGCAGCAAAAGUACGAGCAGACCAAGGUCUCGACCGACUUCCAGGCUGCCCUCCAAGAGUUUCAGGGCCUGCAGCGGAAGGCGCUGGAGAAGGAAAAGGCGUCCAUCUCGGCCGCCCGUGCGGCGCACGACUCGGCCGAUGCCGCCCACGCGGCCGGUCCGGCGGGCGGUCAGGCGGGCGGCCAGCUCGAGCAGCUGCAGGAGCAGGAACUGUCGCAGCUGGCGCCCCAAGACGAGGUCGACUUCCAGGAAGCCCUCAUCAUCGAGCGCGAGGAGGAGAUUCGCAACAUCGAACAGGGCGUCGGCGACCUCAACGUGCUGUUCCGGCAGGUCGCGCAGAUUGUCGACGAGCAGGAGGUGGGCAUCCGGACCAUCGCCGACAACGUCGAGAACGUGCAGGACAACACGAGGCAGGCGGACAUGGAGAUGAGGCAGGCGGCGCGGUACCAGAAGGCGGCUCGGAACAAGAGCUGCUGUCUGCUGCUCAUCAUGGCCGUCAUCCUGACCAUUGUCAUCCUGGCCAUAGUCCUCGGUUGA